AUGCCACCACUGGCAUCAGUUCCAGUUCCCAGCUCACGGGAAGCACCCAACUACCAACCACCACCCAUCUGUCAAAUCAUCAUGCACUCCUUUGUGGCCUGCACCGCUGUGUUGCUUGCCGUGACCUCUCUGGCCAUGGCCAGUCCUUUGGGCAGCUCGUACCUGCCACCCCAGGCCAAUGCCCACAGCACUUACAACACGGCCGCCUCCAGCUCCACCGGCCAUUACGCAGCCCCCUCGGCCACAUAUGCGACCCGAUCGCACGCGGCAGCGGCUCCGUCACGCCAGUAUCUGGCGCCAGCGGCCGUCUCCCACAGCAGCAGCUACUCUGCUCCGGCCGUUUCGCACAGUAGCUACUCGGCCCCGGCUAUUUCCCGCAGCAGCAGCUACUCCGUUCCGGCCGCCAGCCACACUAGCUACUCCGCCCCUAUGGCCGCUCCAUCUAGGCAGUACCUCGCCCCAGCCGCCUCCCACAGCAGCUACUCCGCUCCAGCCGCCUCCCACAGCAGCUACUCCAGUGCUGGCUCAUCCUACUCCGCUCCGGCCGUGUCCUACAGCAGCUACUCCGCCCCAGUUGCCUCCCACAGCAGCUACUCGGCGCCUGCUGCCUCCCAUACAAGCUACUCCGCUCCCGUGGCUGCCCCAUCCAGACAGUACUUGGCUCCAGCUGCAUCCCACAGCAGCUACUCCAGUGCUGGCUCGUCCUACUCCGCACCGGCCGUGUCCCACAGAAGCUACUCCGCGCCAGCCGUCUCGCACGGAUACUCACACGGAUCGAGUGGGGGAUAUUCCGCCCCAGCAGCUGUCUCCCAUGUCAGCUACUCGGCACCGGCUCGCUAUGCAUCCCGCUCGGGCUAUGGAGCUGGAGGCCACUCCUCGUCCUUCUCGUCGGGCAGCAGCAGCUACGGACAUGGCCACUCCGGAGCCACUCGCUAUGCCUCCAACGGUGGCUAUGAAUACCGCCUGAAGCAUUAA